AUGCAUUCUGCUCUCCGUUUUCACCACGUUCUACUCGUAGCAGCCUUUGGUUCUGCGAGUGCCUACAGUGGCGAAGGAACAACGUACGGACUCACAGACCCGUCCGGUGGCAAUUGCAACUUUAUGGCCUACCCGAAGGCUGCGGUCUCCAGCUUCGUGGCUAUCAACAAAGUUCAAUGGGACGACUCCAUGAGCUGUGGACGCUGCGCUCAAGUGACGUGCACCGAUCCACAGUGCGCUGGUCGGUCACAGGAGUCAGCGAUCGUGUACGUCGUCGACCAGUGUCCUGGUUGCAACGAUGGCGACCUCGACCUGUCUCCGAACGUGUUCAAAGCGAUCACUGGCAUGGAACCCUCACGAGUUGAAAUCUCUUGGGAGUUCGUGACGUGCCCUACGUCCGGGAACAUCAAGUACUGCCUUAAAGAAGGUAGCAAUGCGUUCUGGGCUGCGAUUCAGCCAACGCAUACUGCUGUUGGAGUGGAUUCCGUCACUAUUGAUGGUAAACCGACAUCUAUGGUAGCGUCGUCCUUCUACUUUCUCCUGGACGGCGACAGCACCGAGAAAUCGGAUCUCUCCAACCUAAAAAUCACCAUGACCAGCGUCUCAGGUGAGACGAUCGAGGAUAUACUGUCCUUCACGGAUGGAAACUGUGUAGAAGGAAAAUCGCAGUUCACGAAAGGUGAAAGCACAAGUAGCAUCACGGGUCAGUCGUACACGAAGCUGAGCAUCGAGUGGAAGUUCGUGGAUUGUCCGAUCUCGAACAACGUGCAGUACUGCUUGAAGACAGGCAGCAGUGAGUUUUGGGUGGCGGUGCAGCCUGCGAACUGCGUGUCGGGCGUGCAGAGUCUGUCUAUCAACGGCCAAGAGACUUCUGUGAUCGACUCUGCGUACUACUUUUUGAUCGACGGCAGUGGCGAGAGCGUGGCGGAUCUGAACUCAAUAAGCAUCUCGAUCAAAGGUGUGAACGGUGAGGUGCUGGAGGAGACGCUGUCCUUAUCAGCCGACGAGUGUACCGAAGGGAGCAAGCAGUUCUCUACCAGUGAUGUUACGCAGUUUACCACAGUUGCUGGUAGUUCGUCGCCCAGUCCACCCACUACUUCCAACCCAACUACGGCUCCUACAUUGGCUCCGACAAUUACUCCGGAAUCAACACCGGCGGCUACACCGACGCCUACUCCGAUUGCCACUUCAAACGCAACGUAUAACCCGGUUACGCCCACCACGGAUAGUUCGAGUUUCACUAGCAGCAGUUCAUCAUCGGAUUCUACCGAUCAAGAUGUCGGAGCUGACUCUGCUGCUCAAGGAUCGGGAUCAAACACCGUUCAGGAGACGGUGGCAGCUUCGAACACAGUCUCUUCAACAAUACCCGAUGACGCCAUUGAGUCGACCGUUCAAAGCUCCGGUGGCUCACACUCGACACCUUUGAUGAUUGGAAUGAUCGUUCUGGUAUGCGUUGCAGUGAUGGUUACAGUUGGUUUGGCACUGUACGUACGUCGCCGCAAGAAGCAGAUCGAUUCAUACAAGCGUCGCGAGGAGCAAGGUACGGAAAUGUCGGACGCCGAUGUGUCACCACGUGCGUCGGACGUUUCUGGCUACGACAUGGUGCACAGCCCCACCGUUCAUUUCUCCUCGAUGGAGUCAAUGGGAAACAGAGCAUAAGCAAGUGAGAAUGUUAGGUAGUUCAGAAUUAAUCUAGUUAAAGGGUAGUCUAACGCGUUGGUAUAAGCAAAAGACACCAAAAGAUAACGGACGUAUUAAAAUCG